AAAUUAAAACUUGCUAACAAUCUCCUUCACUUCCGCCCAACAGUUGUCUUCAACAAUCACUCUUUUUCUCUCUUUCCCGACCUUUUCUUUUCCCAAAGUUAAUUUAUUUACUUUGCUUCAUAUCAGCUCACUCUCUUAUCUUUUCUGCUUCAAUCUUCAAAGUUUUUCCAGGCUCGACAACGAGCGUCGAGGGAAAUGGCCUCCUUCGCCGGGCAAACGAUUCUGGUUACAGGUGGGGCGGGAUUCAUUGGGUCCCACACAGUGAUACAGCUUCUCAGUGAGGGAUUUAGGGUUUCCAUCAUCGACAAUUUUGAUAAUUCAGUGAUGGAAGCAGUGAAUCGGGUUCGCGACUUGGUGGGUCCUGUGCUUGCUCAGAAUGUUGAGUUCACUCAGGGUGAUCUCAGGAAUAGGGAAGAUUUGGAGAAACUGUUCUCUGAGACAAAAUUUGAUGCUGUGAUCCAUUUUGCUGGCCUAAAAGCUGUUGGAGAAAGUGUUGUAAAGCCCCGUCGAUAUUUUGAUAACAAUUUGAUCGGCACCAUCAAUCUUUAUGAAGUUAUGGCAAAAUAUAACUGUAAAAAGAUGGUUUUUUCAUCAUCUGCAACUGUAUAUGGCCAACCUGAUAAGAUACCCUGUGUUGAGGACUACAAACUACAAGCCAUGAAUCCUUACGGAAGAACCAAGCUUUUUCUCGAAGAAAUUGCCAGAGACAUUCAAAAGGCUGAGCCAGAAUGGAGAAUCAUUUUACUGAGAUAUUUCAAUCCAGUUGGGGCCCAUGAAAGUGGUAAAAUUGGUGAAGAUCCUAGGGGCAUCCCAAAUAACCUCAUGCCUUACAUACAACAAGUAGCGGUGGGCAGAUUGCCUGAGCUUAAUGUCUAUGGUCACGAUUAUCCCACAAAGGAUGGCACUGCGAUUCGGGACUAUAUCCAUGUGAUGGACUUGGCAGAUGGUCACAUUGCUGCCCUGCGAAAGCUUUUUGCAACUGAGAACAUUGGUUGUACUGCUUACAACUUGGGAACUGGCCGUGGUACUUCUGUUCUUGAAAUGGUUGCAGCAUUUGAAAAGGCCUCUGGAAAGAAAAUUCCAUUAAAAAUGUGUCCAAGGAGACCAGGAGAUGCUACUGCUGUUUAUGCAUCGACAGAGAAGGCUGAAAAAGAACUUGGUUGGAAGGCAAAAUAUGGCAUAGAGGAGAUGUGCAGGGACCAAUGGAAUUGGGCAAGCAACAAUCCAUGGGGUUAUCUGGAGAAGAAUCUAUGAAUUGGCAUGAAAAUGAAGAUUCUCAACACAAACACAUAGCUAGUUUGAUUUUUCCCCAUUUUUUUUGUUUGGGAUUCUUCAGCACAUCAUAUUGAAAAAUUUUAAAUGUAAGUUAUUAAUUUAUUUUCAGUCGGUCUAGUCGAUUACUGCUUUCUGUUGAAGAGUCUUAAUUGAAGCCUAUUAUACUCUACUUUUAAGUUUGUCAGGCACCGUUGAAAACCUUGUACAGUUUUAUGUGACAAAACGUACUUUGAACAGCCAGAGAGUACUAUACUGAAGGUUAAUAGGAAACCAGAAUUUGAUUCUCGAGGUCUUUUUCCCUUA